AUGGAUGAGUCCAUGGAGCCCGGGCCAUCGCGCUGUGACCCAAACAUUGAUUCUGCAGCUAUGGACGUGUCUUCAGAAAAGGUAAGAUUUCGCUUUGGUCCUAAGGUAUAGGGAUUAAUCGCCAUGUGUUGUUGUGUGAGACGUCCUAGCGGACGUUGUAAAAAAGAAAUCUGGAAAUCUGACAGUUGAAAAAGGGCACUUGUCGGUUCAUUAUUGUUUCGUUUUACAGGAACUGAUGGAGAAACGCAAGAAAGGACUGGAGAAAGCGCGAGAAAAGCUGAACCAGAGGAAGCAAAUGAAGAUAAAGUUGGCUGGGAGCAGGAGGAACAUCGCAAGACAGCCAUCUGAAGUUGAAGUCCUCAAGAAUCAACUUGUCCAACUUACGCAGGAAAAUACGCAGUUGCGUCUGCGGAACAGCGAGAUGGAGAAACAGUUGGAGAAGGCUGAAAGGGCGUUGGCCUUGAGCUCGCCCAGGAAAAGAAGGAAGAUAGACGAGCUAGGCGUGAAGCAGAAGGCAGAAAGAAUUGGCAGAUUGGAAAAGCACAUUGGAGAUGCAGUGGAAAUCCGACCGAAGACCCCUGAAAAUGACGUGGAACUGGCACUCUUCUUAAAGAACGCCUAUCGGUUGACCGAAUUCCAGUACCAGGGGCUACAGAAAUUCGCCGUCAACUGGUCUCCCCUUCAUCACGUAAAGCAACGGGAGAAGGAUCUCAUAGAGGCGGCUGGCGGGUUGGACACUACGGAAGCGUCGGUGGGAUGGACAAAUCCGUCGAUGGCAUUUGGACUGUAUGUUCAACGUCUUGUGGAGACGGCCUGGUCGACCAGAAUGCCUGACGCGGUGGAUGUGGUAAUCGUGGCCGAUGGUGGUGGAGAUGGAGCAGCGAACCUGGUCAAAAUGGGUCUGUUCAUACCCACUGGAGUCCCAGCUCCUCAGAUCCCCUACAAUGUACUCCUGCUGAGCGCGUACACGGGUAAGGAAAGUCGGGAGAACUUGAUCACAUUCUGUGAAAAAGGGCUCGACUUCCUGAACAGGUUGUGCAAGGACAAGAGGUUUGAGGUUGAUGGCCGCCAAAUUGCAUGCCGGGUCUUGCUUUGCAGUAAUUUGAAUGUGGUACCUGUCAUCCUGGGUAUAAAGGCGGCAACCCAAUUCUGUCCCAACUGUACCGUGGAGCGUGCAGAGCAUAAGAGGGCGAUGACGACGGACGCUGGGAAGAGGACUUACAGAGAUUCGCUGAUAAGUCUUCUGCAGGAAGAUGUAGUAUGUCCCCCACUACAUUGCCUCCAGGGUUUGACGAAUACAUUGGCAGAGGAGAUGAAGAAAAAUAAUCCGGAUGAAUGGAAUGCCGUUUGCGACGACCUGAACAUAGAACCCUCCCAUCUUUCCAAAUCGAUGCUGAACGGCAGAGAUGGAAGAAGAUUGGUGAAGAGCUUAGCUGAAAAUGGCAACCCACAAUUUGCCAUUUUCAGCGAUGUUUUUUCAUCUUUGGACAGGAUUUAUGGAUGGGCAACAGUUGGUGUCCAUGGUCAAGAUGAUCCCACGAAGGCUAGCAUUGAACGGGACAUUUUUCUGCUGUCAAACGCGUGGAGACACAGUGGGCUUCCUGCGAUAAACAAGUUGCACCUCCUUGAAGCCCACGUUGCCGACUUCGUCACAUCCCAUGGCUCGUGGGGGCUCUACGGGGAACAAGGCCUGGAAAGUUUGCACCACGUUGGCAACGUCGCCUCAGCUCGAGGUUUCGGAAAGAAUUCCGACGUCAAGGCCAAGUUCUUCUUUAAAUCCCAAUUUUUUUCGAUGCUUUCCCGGCGUUUUGACACAUAA